AUGGUGGGUCAUGCCGGUGAUGCAGUACAGAGGAUGACAGAGAGCAGCAGUUCCGGGACUCUGGCGAGAGAGCUGCUGGAGCCCGUGGUGGCGGCGGAGUCGAUCGUCUUUAAGGACGUAGCUGUGGAGUUCUCUCUGGAGGAGUGGGCUUUGCUGGGUCCUACUCAGAGGCAGCUCUACAGAGACGUGAUGCUGGAAACCUUCAGGAACUUGGCAUCAGUAGGAAAAAGUUGUGACAGCUUCAGCAUUGAAGAUCACCGUAGAAACCGGGGGCUCCCUCUGAGGCACGAAAGGACUCAUAAUAAAGAGAAAUUCAAUGAAUGCAAGGAAUGUGGCAAGGCCUUCAAGUGGCCCUCAUCUUUAACAAGACACAUGAGAACUCACAGUCGCGAGAAGCCCUAUGAGUGCAAACAGUGUGGGAAAGCCUUCAAGUGGCCCAUAUCUUUGCAGACACAUAUGAGAACACACACUGAAGAAAAAUCCUACAAAUGUAAGCGAUGUGGGAAAGCUUUCAUUUGGCCCGUAUCGUUACGUACCCACAGGAGAUCACACUGUGGAGAGAAAUCCCAUGAGUGUAAACAGUGUGGGAAAGCCUUCAGUUGGCCCUUAUAUUUGCAAAGACACAUGAGAGUGCACACUGUACAGAAACUUUAUGAAUGCAAUCAGUGUGGGAAAACAUUCCAUUGGCAGUCUUCCUUACGGAAUCAUUUGAACACACACUCUGGAGCCAAACCCUACGAGUGUAAGGUUUGUGGGAAAGCCUUCAGGUGGUCUAUAUCGUUUCGCGAGCACAUGAGAAAGCACUCAGGCAAGACAUUCUAUGAAUGCAAGGAAUGUGGGAAGUCAUUCUCUUAUCUCCAGUCCCUUCGAAGGCAUGAAAGGACUCACAGCAAAGAGAAACUCUAUGAAUGCAGGCAGUGUGGGAAAGGCUUCAGUCAGCUCUUCUACCUUCGGAGGCACGUGCGAAUGCACACUGGAGAGAAACCCUACGUGUGUAAGGAGUGUGGGAAAGCCUUCAGGAGCCCCUCUUCAUUACCAGUGCACAUGAGGACGCACACUGGAGAGAAGCCCUACGUCUGUCAGGAAUGUGGGAAAGCUUUUAACUCGUCUUCUGCUUUAAAGUAUCACACCCUCCAGUCUCCGCCCGGCCUGGGAGCCCCUCCUGCUCUGGACGAGGAGUAG